CAGCAGUAUGCUCUAAUGGCCUGGCACUACCAUUUCGCCGAGCGGGCGAGUCCCAACAGCAGACAGACAGGUGGGGCCGACCCAACAGGUUCCUAAGGCCAGGGGCAAUGGGGCGGAGCAUGGUUCAGACUUAGGGUGCAACAGUUUGGGGGCCCUGCCACACACGCGGGGCUGGCAAGCUGGAGGCAGUACCUUCUUUCUACGGCAGCCAACCCAGGUGCAAGCCAUGGAGCCUCGGGUGGGUAGAGCACUAGGUGGACGCACACAUUCGGCGGCCUAGUGCCCGGAGGGACCCAGGGCAUGGCAGGACCCCUGCGGAGCCGGGUGGAGGAGCUGAAGCGGCCCUGGUGGAGGGAGAGCUCGCCCCUGGUGCUCCAGCACAGCGAAGCGGCAAGGCUUGCUGCGGACGCCCUCCUGGAGAGGGGGGAGGCUGCCUACCUUCAGGUCAUCUCUGAAGAGCGGGAACUGCCCUUCCUGAGUGCCCUGGACGUGGACUACAUGAUCAGCCAUGUGCGUGGGGUUCCCGAGCUCAGUGAGGCCCAGGGGUCAGAGACCUUAGGGCAUGACCGCCUCAGCAUGCUCUCUGAAGUUACCUCAGGCACCUACUUCCCCAUGGCUUCUGACUUAGAUCCCCCAGACCUGGACCUGGGCUGGCCCGAAGUGCCACAGGCCACAGGUUUCAGCCCCACCCAGGCGGUGGUUCAUUUCCAGAGGGACAAGGGCAAGAGCAUCAAGGACCUGCUGCGGUUCCUCUUCAACCAGGCCCACACGGUGGUGGCUGUGGUGAUGGACGUAUUCACUGACAUGGAGCUUCUGUGUGACCUGAUGGAGGCCUCCAGCCGACGUGGCGUCCCUGUCUACCUCCUUCUGGCUCAGGAGCACCUGAAGUACUUCCUGGAGAUGUGUUAUAAGAUGGACCUCAAUGGGGGGCACCUGGUGAACAUGCGUGUGCGGAGCACACGUGGCGACACAUACUGCAGCAAGGCCGGCCGCCGAUUCACCGGGCAGGCCCUGGAGAAGUUCGUCAUCAUUGACUGUGAGCAGGUGGUGGCAGGCAGUUACAGCUUCACCUGGCUUUGCAGUCAGGCCCACACCAGCAUGGUGCUGCAGCUGAGGGGCCACAUUGUGGAAGACUUCGAUCGCGAGUUCCGGUGUCUGUAUGCUGAGUCACAGCCUGUGGAAGGCUUCUGUGGCAACGAGGAUCCACUGUCUUCCCAGCGGCUACCUCGUCCUCCGCCCGUGACCCUGGCCUUUGGACCUGGAAUUCCAAGUGCUACAGGCUCCUCCCCCUCCAGUAACAGCCUCAGCAGCAUCAAGCACUCACCUCUUCUGGGCCGUUCUUCCUAUCUUGCUCUACCAGGAGGUGGUGGCUGCAGUGACAUGGGUUUGGGGUCUUCAUCUCCAGGUCCUGCCCACCAUGAAGCUGGUGGCCCGCCAUCCUUGUACCGUCAGCUUUCAGAUCCCAACCAUAGCUCAACUCCUGGACCCUACAGGGCCAACCUGAGCAAGCUGGGGGCAUCUCCAUGGUCCCAGUCUUCUCCUGCCCUCAACCACUGCAGUGCCAGUCCCUUGACCCUGGCAGUGGGGUCACCUCUGCUCCCAUGUUCCCGCCCCCUCCUCCACUUCACUAGGGGGGUCCCAGCACUGUCCCGGCUUCCAGAGAAUGGGCUCCCAGCAAGUCAAGAGCCCAUCCUUCCACGAGGUCGCUGGGUACCCGGCACAGCUCUGGAGACCGUGGAAGAGAAGAAGAUAUCUUUGAGUCAGAGCCAUGAUCACCUGGAUCGCCUUGUCCCCUUCCCUAAAGCAGGAGAAGCAGGAGGUCCCAAUUCUAGAGUUACCCCCAAUUCGAGUUCCCUUCAGCAUGGUGAGCAGGCCCUAGAUGAUAGGAGAUUGUCCCUGAGCCACAGCUACAGCCAGCUGGAUCUCCUGUCCCAGGGCCAGGGUGUCCUUGAGUCAGGUUCCCUCAGACAGGGUGAUCUGGGUCAGGAGGAUGACAGGAAGCCGUCCUUAAACCACAACCAUGGCCAAUUGGACCUUCUGCCACAAAACCCCAAGGCCCAGGCCUCUAAAAUACCCCCUGAUGCCACUUCUUCAGCCAGGCCUGGCAAGCAGAGUCUAGAUGAACGACGGCAGACCCUAGGUCACAGUCAGCUGGACCUCAUCACCAAAUUUGGCCCAUUCCGGAGUGAGGGGCCUGGACCCAAUGGCCCCCCAGAACCAAGCCUAGUUCGCAUGGCCGGAGUAGGCUCUGCAGAUGAGAAGCGGCUGACUCUGGGCCACAGCAAACUGGACCUCAUCACCAAGUAUCAUCAACUACAGGGUGCCAGGCAGAGACCUGAGCCGGGCCUCCCGGGAGCUCCCGUAAGUGGCCAUCAAAAUGGUAAUAACAGUGACCUCUUUGCACCUGAGAAGCGGCUGACCUUGGGCCACAGCAAACUGGACCUCAUCACCAAGUACAACAAGUCCAAAUUCAAGCAGCUCCGAAGUCGCUUUGAGUCCUAACUCUGCUCCUAACAGGGGCAGACCCUCCCUCCAUCCACAGAGUUGAUGUGUUCAGGUUCAAGGCAGCAGCAUGAGAGCAAAAAGCUGGGGUGCUACAUAAGGAAGGCAGGCAGGCACCCAGCAGCCCAGGUCUCAAGACUCUUCCGCACACAUGCAUAGGCAUACACACAAACAGAACCCAGAGUUACCGAGUGUUUUCUGCAUGUCACUGGGGCUGGGCACUUCACACCUUAUUCUCAUUCUCCAUAUCCUCUACGUGGACCUCUUGUGGGCAUAUAGCUGUACUAAGUAUUAUCUCCUCCUCAAUUUUUUUUUUUUUUAAGUUUUUGAAGCCAGAACAUUUAUUCUCUGAUUGACUGAAACCUUCUAGAAUAACUGGAUGCUGCAGGAGCUGCCCUCUUGGCUUUUGUUGCUGUGCUCUCACAGAAUCCAUAUCUGAAUCCUCGCUAGAACAUUUUGGGGUGCCUCAUCCACCUAGUCCCGGGAGCAUGUCAUCUCUCAGCCUUGGCACUCGGGCUGUCCUUUCCUCUGCGCCUGGCAGCGGAGCCGCAUCCACCACAGGUGACUUCUGAAGGUGGCAGGCUUCAGAGCCACAGCAGCAGCACAGUGUGUGCAUCUUAUUGUGAUGCUUUCCAAAGGAUGACCUUCCUUUCCUCGUCUUCUUUCUGCCGCGGAGGCCAAAGAGUCUGGAAGAUACUCCUCCUGUUUUAUAAGUAUGGGAUGGUUAAUCUGGAGGCAGAGCCAAGUGAAGGACAGGGUGGGGAACUCUUCCAGUCCAGGGGCCCCCGGCUUUAAACAUGUAUUUUGUUUGCACAGAGCCAACACACAGUAUCUGUAGUUCAGGUACACAAAAUACAGACACUACAAGGAUGCCCCAGGUGCCCAUACAGUGUACACAGAACAGUGACUAGGUACACCCAUAGAUGCACAGUGAGUACACAUAGCUCUAGGUGAUGAGCUCAGUCAGAACUUCAGUUGCAAGCACUUAGUCUCAUCUGCCUAAAUGAAUGGCCACAGAAAAUACAUGCAUUCAGCACACACUGCAGAACCCCCUUGAGAUUCACAAACUACAAAUACACAUGUGACCCCCAUCCUAGCUCUGCUUGUAAAGCCCUGCCCUGAACUUGCUACAUAGCUGAGAGAUUGCUUAGAUGCAAUCUUGAGGGCUGCAGCUUAUAUGCACAAACCACAGAAAACAAGGCAGAGAUGCAUCAAAUGACGGAGAGUCAUGGAGAUGGCGGAGGGAUGGGGAAAGUUUCUCAGAGAGAAGCUGACUUUGAGGCAGGUCUUGAAGGAUGGGGAUAGGGACAGAGGCAGACUGGGGAGAGAGUUAGAAUUCUUGGUAGAGUAAGUCGGAUGGAAAGAGGGCUCAGUGAGCAAGUCUGGGGUAAACUGAGGAAGAUGAGCAGAGCAUGUGGACGGACACUUAGGACACAAAAACAGGUCACCUUGCUGAACGUCUCUUGACGCUCAGGUUGCAGUUGGUCGUGGGCCUUUCUCCUGAACUCACCAUCCGCCUGAGACAGGGCAUGCUACCAAUCAAUAAAGGCAGAUGUGGUUAGACCCAGUAGCGACCUGAUGUGUUCGAAGUUGUGGUAUUACAGGAUGGGGAUGGGGAAAGGCAACAUUCAGGCCCUUUUCGGAUUAAUAGCGUUCCUUGGAGAAGACUGAAAGGCAUACAGAGGGGCUGAGGUAAUGGGUUCUUAGCUUCUUCCUUCUUUGCUGUGGCAUUCUGAGACACCCUGAGGACUUCUGUAGAUUCCACAAUAAAUGAGCCAAGUUUA